GGUUUUGUUUUGUUGUUGUUUUUUUUUUAUCUGCCAGCUAAACUCAGCACUUCGGAGUCUCUUUUUUGCUGAAAAAAAAUACAGUGAAACAAGCACUCCAGUUAAGGGGAUGUUGUAGUUUGACUCUAUUUGUCGUUUUAAAUCUACACAGCCUACAGGAACUGAGAAUGUACCAACUGCAGGCCCCAGUUUCCAGUCUGUUUCUUUGGUUUCUGCUUUCUCCAGUUUGCUAAUAAGAGAUGGUCCUUCCUGUAGUAUCUACAGCAUUGAUUUCUAGAACUAGUUUUCAAGAACGCUGCCAUGAAAGGAAUGUUGAAAUGUUGUUUCAGAUCAAAUUGUUGAUUCAGAUGGCUACCCUCUUUACUUCAGCCACAGGCUUAUCAGAAAGCUUUAGCAGUACUUACUGCCUGCAGUUCAGCUGCAGCUCUGCAGACUAUGGGAGCUUUCCCUUGGGGUGCUGAUUGUUGCUUGGUUUACAUUUUACUAUGAUUAUUUUGUUACAUUUAUUUUCCAGUGUUGACUAUGAGUGCCUCAAGUAUGGAGGAAAAUGGAUCUCAAUUCUUAGCAAAUCCAUAAAUAGGUUUGACUGCUAGUUUAGGAUUUAGACAUCACUUGUCUCACACAGCAAGUUUUAGAUAAAGGCAGCUUACAUAGCGGACGUAAGGCACUGAGAAUGGUAGUUACAGAAGAAAUGUUGGGAAGUGGUAUGUGGGUGAGAAGUGGUGAGAAAGCAAGAACAAGGAAUUGCUCUCCUUUUUAAGGAAUAUGGGUAAUGGGUGCAUAGUGAUAACCUUUUGAUGCCUUCCCCUCUUGUCUUGUCAGGUUGUUGCUGACAGUGAAAGACUUCCUCUCAAAUCUGUUUAAAUGAGAAUGUCCCUGGCGCAAAGAGUGCUACUGACAUGGCUUUUUACCUUACUCUUCCUAAUUAUGCUGGUGCUGAAGUUGGAUGAGAAAGCACCAUGGAACUGGUUCCUCAUUUUUAUUCCAGUCUGGAUAUUUGAUACUAUACUUCUAGUUAUGUUAAUUGUGAAAAUGGCUGGACGUUGCAAGUCUGGUUUUGACCCUCGCAAUGGCUCCCAGAACCUCAAGAAGAAAGCUUGGUAUCUCAUUGCAAUGCUACUCAAGUUAGCCUUCUGCCUUGCACUCUGUGCUAAGCUGCAGCAGUUCACUGCAAUGAAACUAGCCUAUGUCUUUAUCCCCUUGUGGGCCUUGCUCAUUGGAGGGAUGGUUGAACUUGGAUAUAACAUCUUCUAUGUACGGAGAGACUAAGGUGCGUGGUAUGGUUUUCAGCACUAGCUUGUUACCAAAAUACUGGAUUAUUAGAGUUAUGUCACAAACUUCAUCUCCAAAUUAAAAUGCAGACGAAUACAGACAAGCUGGAGCCUAUCUAAACCAGGCUGAAGACCAAAAUUAGACUUUUUCCAUUUUAUUUUAAAACUGACACAUACGCUCUUGUAAAUAAAAGUAUUUGUUCAACAGAAGCUG